CCUAUACCGCCUUAUUUUCAUUAGGGACAUCGAUCUCGGUGCUCCACUCCGGCGCACGCGAGAUAUCAUUUAAUUAUUUUAUAUUAAUUUAAUAGAUAAUUGUGCUACAAUGGAUAAAAAGUUGUGCGUCGUCUUUGUUGCAAUUAUUGCUGUUGCUCAAGGUGUGCAGCAAGAAUCCAAUUAUGACUUAAGCCGAAACAGGCUGGGCUCGGGGAAUGGCGGCUACGGACAAUACAACCCCGACUACUCACACUACCCGAACACCGGCCCAGGCCUCUACCCCAGCGGGCCCGGGUACCCGGGGCAGUAUCCGGGGAGUGGAUACCCGGGUGGGUACCCGGGUAAGCCCGGGUUGGCUGGGCCGCCGGGCGCGCACCCGGGCUGCCCGCUUUGCGACUCGUCGGUGUAUAGCUACUGUUCGUAUAAGGAGGCCCACGAUGCUUGCUGCUGCGAGAGGGAUACUGGAUACAGCCUCAACUGCCGCAAAGUGGACUGCAAGUACCUGUACUCCAACUCGUGUCAGGAGUACAACCUGAUCUCCUCAUGCUGCUGCGUCGACGUGAAGAGUGCUGGUGCCGUACCCGUCGUGCCGGUGGCUGUCGUUGGAUAAGCUACCUUAAGUACAGCCGAC